AUGGAGGAGUGGAGGCAAUGCUGCCGAUGGCUGAUCGACUGCAAGGUCCUUCCCGUGAGCCAUCGAGUCACCCGCUCCGACGAGGUCUUCGAUCUGGCCCAAGCGCUCAGAGAUGGAGUCUUACUUUGCCAGCUGCUCCACAACCUCAACCCGGAGUCCAUCAACCUCAAGGAGAUCAACCUCCGCCCGCAGAUGUCACAGUUCCUCUGCCUGAAGAACAUCCGCACGUUCAUCAACUGCUGCCACGAGCAGUACGGCAUCCGCAAGAACGACCUCUUCGAUGCCUUCGACCUGUUCGACGUGCGGGACUUCGGGAAGGUCAUCAGUGCGCUAUCCAGGCUGUCCCAACAUCCCACCUGCCAGAGCAAGAACAUUCGGCCAUUUCCUAAUGAAGAGACCACGGAUUACAAUGAAGACAUUUACAGAAGCUUGGAAGAGAUGGCCGACGAGCGAGAGAUCGAGAACGAGGAGGAGCUGUACGACUGCGUGCCGUGCGACGGGGAAGGCGACGAGAUCUACGAGGACAUCAUGAAAGUGGAGGCGCAUCCCCCAUCGCUGCGACCAGCUAACAGCUUUACGUCUCUCUGCCCUACGCUGCAGAAGCGCCUGGUCCUGCAGGACAAGGGGGGCAUGACGGAGGACGACAAGAGGAACUGCUGCGCCAAGGAGAUCAAGGAGACGGAGGAGAAGUACGCGGCGACGCUCGAGAGCAUCGAGAAGAACUACAUGGGCCCACUGCGGCUGACCCUCACCCAGCUGGAAAUGGAAACAAUAUUCAUGAACAUCGAGGAGCUGCACAGAGUGCACCGCGCGUUCGUGGCCGAAAUCCGCCAGUCGUACUCGCUGUCGGGGGGACGGAAGUUCCACGAGCUCUUCCUCACCUUCAAGCCCAGGCUGCUCAUUUACGGCAGGUACUGCAGUCAGCUGGAGGGAGCCCACACGUGCAUCAACCGGCUGCUGCAGACGCGGGAAGAUUUCAAGAACAAGCUGGACGAGUGCACGUCGAAGGAGAACGGAGGCAAGUUCUCCCUGCGUGACCUUCUCGUCGUGCCGAUGCAGAGAGUGCUGAAGUAUCAUCUUUUGCUCAAGGAGCUGCAUAAACACACGACGGACCAGACAGAGAAGGCACAAGUGAAGAGAGCCCUGGACGCUAUGGAGGACCUGGCCAUGUACUUGAACGAAGUGAAGAGGGACAAUGAGACCCUCAAGCAGAUCGUGGAGAUUCAGCGAAGCUUCGACUCUUCCUUGAAGGUGGAUACUCUGUUGGAUUACGGGAAGCCCAAGAUGGAUGGUGACCUCAAGGUGUUACAAGUGGGCAGGGCCAAACAGGAGAGGUACGUCUUCUUGUUCGACAAGGCUGCCUUGAUGUGCAAAAGGAAGGGCGAUAACUUCGAGCUCAAACAUUCCCUGGAGCUCGCCAGAUACAAAAUCACCAACGACCCGACCAGCAACAAAGAUUCGCGAAAGAGACAGAGCAAAGUGUGGUCGCACAGCUUCUACCUCACCCCGCUCAUGGCCGGCGAAGGAUACCAGUUCUUCUGCAAAACCGAGGAACUCAAGAGGAAGUGGACCAAGAACUUUGAGAUGGCACUGUCGAACCUGCGUCCUGGCGGCUACCAGCACGAGUUCCAAAUGCAAACGUUCGAGAGGGCAACCGAAUGCCACGUGUGCCACAUGCUGCUGAAGGGACUGUUUUACCAAGGCUACCAGUGUCAGAAGUGUGGCGCGGAGGCACACAAGGAAUGCCUCGACAAGAUCCUGCAGUGUCAGAGGCCCCUGCCUCCCAGUCCCGGACAGAUCCCUUCAGGGCUGCCUCACGUGCAGGCCGCACAGGCCUACCAGGGCGCGCCGCUGCCGCCCCUCAAGCUGCAGCCCACGCUGAUGCUGUCCUGCGGUGAGAUGGUGGAGCUCACGCGAGCAGAGCCCGAGUCCGCCUGGUGGGAGGGGCGGUCACUCACGACCCAUCAAGUCGGCUUCUUCCCCCGGGACUUUGUGAAGCCGGUGGCAAAGCUUGGCCUGCAACCUGUACAAGGUACAGUUCAAAUGGUGAACCGACCGACGGAACCUUCGAAAAGCGAGUUUCAUUACUUUGCCUGGUUUGUGGGCACCAUGGACCGCGAGCAGGCCAACCAGCAGCUGAGGAAGCGGAGCAACGGCACCUACCUGAUCCGCGAGCGGCCCGACGGGCCCGGCGAGUUCGCCAUCAGCAUACGCUUUAACAACGAAGUGAAGCACAUCAAAAUCAUCAUUAAGGACGGGUGGCACCACAUCACUGAGCACAGGAGAUUCCGGGGCCUCGUGGAGCUGAUCGAGUACUACCAGUCGCACUCGCUGAAGGAGGGCUUCCGCGCCCUCGACACGACGCUGCAGCACCCCUUCAACGAGCGGGAGCCGUCGCGCGCCGUGACUCGCGGGAACUCCGCCAACAGCGCCGGCCACGUCAGUGCUAGCUUCUCCCUGCUCAACUCCCAGAAUUUCAGUUUUGUCCCUCCGUCGGCCGCGCCGUUCUGGUCAGUUUUCUCUCCGCGGAUGCUGGGCACGGCGGUGGCUCGCUACAGCUUCUCGGCGCGCGACAUGCGCGAGCUCUCGCUCUCGCAGGGCGACGUCGUGAAGAUCUACAGCAAGAGCGGCGCCAACCAGGGCUGGUGGCGCGGCGAGGUGGACGGCAGGGUUGGGUGGUUCCCGUCGACCUACGUGGAGGAGGAAGGGGUCUAACAGAGGAUUGUUGCUGCGCUGGUGAAAUCUCUUGGACUACGCUUUCGUCAAUUUGUGAAAAAACAAAGAAUCCCAUCGCGGCGUGGCCCACUGAUUGUUUUCCUGUGGUAAUCCCAUUUGUUUUGUUGCAGCUGCUUUACAUUUUAGAAAAAAAAGAUUACAAAGUAACAUUUUCUACCCGUGGGAAACGUGUAUUUACGAAGAUAAAUGUUUUGUCAUUUAUGUAAUUGAUACGUUACAUUUGCAUAAUGUGCGUGUUGAUGAACACAUACCACCGUUUAUUAGGGAAAUGUUUAAACCCCGUCUAUAAAGCCUUUUUCGACGAAGAAGAAUGAUGUAACAAUAACUUUUGGGCAUCCAAUAAAAGAUGAUAGCUGUUGAAAUGCUACUCACAUAAAUUAUGAGUACAUUUAUAUUUAGUUUGCAAUGGAUGGAAAGGAUUUGGUUUUGUUUCAUGGAAAAAUAUUAUUUUAGAUUACCUGCAAAUUUUUUAAUUUAUCCAAACUUAUUGCACUAUAAAGGUUAUUUUAAAAAAAUGUUGUCACACAUUGCUGUGUGUGCAACAACUAUUCUGGUUAUGGUACUAAAUUGUGAUUAGAAAUAAUUACAAAAUAAAAGAGCAUAACGUUAGCUUCACCAAUGAAAUACAUUUUUCUUAGAAUAGCAAUGUUAGGUUCCGCGUGAAAAUACAAUUCGUGGCAUUACGAUUGCAUGAGAUGAGCGAUUUAGACUUCAAACGCAUUCCCUGUUGAGGCUUUACUUGCGAACACACGGAUCCAUUUGAUGGGGAUCUGAUAUGCAUACGUUUGCAAGCGAUACAUUUGGCUUCAGGUUUUUCCAUCUGAUAACUUCAUACAAGCACUAGGUAUUCAUGUGUAACUCUCGCCAACCCUGAUGGCUAGUCAAUCAAAGAGUCAAAGGCCACGCAAAGUCAACCUUUCCCUGUUAAAGAAAAAUAUUCAAAAAUUUCAAGUAAGCUUACGAUGGUCAUGUUAGCGUUAGAAUCGUACUGAAAUGUUCUGCGUAUGAUUACGUAUUUAACAAAGUGUAAGUUUGUCGUACAGAAACAAUCACAAUGGAGGCGAGAGGGGGCUUGCCUGGGUCUCCGUUAGCACAGUUUGAUGUACAGCUGUUGGUGUGCCUCAAAGUCCUAUUGAGUUUGUGUCAAUGCAAUGAAGAUGUAUGCAAUGCAGGUACAUGGCUGUCGCCCACCCAAGUCACAAGAUGCUAAAUAUGGCACCGUAUUGAUACAGAGUGCUUUGAUUCUGGUAUAAGGUGUUAUUGCUAAAAUGUGGCCAUUUCGCCAAAUGGUUGGUAUAUUGACGUUUGCUUUUAUAACCACUUACAAUUUAUUUGACUUUCAAUGCUAUCAACACAUUUAUCAUUUAGUGCGGAAUACGCCGACAGAAAUUUUAUGACAACCAAAAAAAUUAUGAUGGCCUUGCUAUGGUCAAUGUUGUUCCAUUUGCAUUUGCACGCUUGCAGAUACACUCUCUUGUUGCAUUCAAGCGUACAGCAAACGCCGCUGUGAGGGUUACCACAGCGGCGCGCGGUGUGACUUCCGUCGUGCUGCGCGUUUUGUUCAGCGCGAUGUCCGACGUGAGCUUCUCGGCUCAUUUCCUGAAGAAGGUCCCAGCGUGGCCAGCGACACGUCGGACAUCGGGCAAACAACACGCCGUUGCGAUCUGAAUAAUACACACCAAGAGGAGAUAAAUAUGUUAUGCCCGAAAUGUGGGGCUUUGGUGAUGCCGUGGGAAACACAAUAAGUGCAAUUUAUGCUUCAAAUUUGUUAAUUCAAUUGGGGGAAACAAAGAUCUCGGCUAAUUGUAGAGCGUGAAGGAUGGGCACACACGUAGGGGCAAGGCAGGUGCUCGGUGGGUUAUGACCGAGAGUGUUCAUAGGAAGUGGAGGUGGCUUGGGGAAGGCCAGCCUAAACACAAUAGCGAGAGGGUUUGUUUUCAUUUGCUUGCAAUCUCAUGUCUGCUCGAAAGUGGAAUAAACAGCCACGGUGUAUUUUUCAGACAAUAACACGCAAGUGUAACAUGCCUUACAGCAAGCUACGAUAUGGCAAGUUUUUUUAAUUCGGAUUUAUUCUAACUUGACAAAAUUUGCCACUCCCAUUAGAGGAAUCGCCAGAGGGCGAUCGUGUUACAUAUCUGGAAAGAUUUGUUUUUAUGCAUAUGGCUUGGUAUAAUCCAAAGGUUAGUUUGCUACGUAUAAAUAUAAAUACACACACAUGCUAAGCAAUGGUUGUACACAUCCUGGGGUGUUACCAAUGUCUAUACAAAUGGAUCCUUCGUGAUUUUUUUCCAACUUUUUCCCCCGAUACUAUUUGAACAUUGCUUGACAAACUUUUCAUUGGACACCUCUCGGUGAAAAUAGUGCAACAUUCAAUGUUAUAUCCAACGGUCUCUGGAAGGUGAUGUAUCUGUGAACCUCCGAGACCCCUUCGGUUGUCCAGAUGUCUCCUCUAACGCUAGGCGGCGGUGCGCCUUCCCAAGUGGUCAGCUAUAGAAUCGUUGAUUUCCAAUGCGGUAACACUGAUAUUGUUUUCGUUCUUAGAACUGGAAUAUUUUAGAAUUUGGUAAAGAAAAAAAACAUUUAGGAGUGUUAUUUUGUAUGUUCGUGUGUUAAUUUCUGCCCGAAGAAACCAUUAACUCAGUGCACUUGAGAACCCUCGUUCAAUCGCGGGUGGAUGCCCAGAUUCAAACAUCGGCGGUGCCGGGCUCAACGCACUGACAAUGAUGUGAGCUCAAUGAGCCAUAUGGCCAAAUGUGUAGGAUUUUAGGGCCCUCAUUUGGAACUACUGAUAAAUCUUCACCUUUGACCUGCAUGAAGUCACUCUGCCCUCUGUGGUUAUUUACACGUCAUGGAGUGGUCCGUAGCAACAUGAUUUAUGCAAAAUGUCAAUAACUCGAUUAACUUUAUAGCCAGGCGUGAACCUAUAGCCGAGACAGAAAACAUCUCUUUUGUAAAUGUGGGCAGACUGUUCACUGAAAGAUGGUGCAUUCAAUUUUAAUUUAACUGAAAAGUUCGAAAUAUAUUUAUGUAUUUAUUUAUGCUUUUAAAUUAGCAUCGUGGUGUUCGUUUGUCGCUUUCAUGAACUCUGUCUGAAUGGUGCCCUGGUGUUCAUGGUUAGCACACUGGACCUGAAGUCCAGCGGUCACCGGAUCCAUCUGCCAGCACGGCAGAUGAAACAACGGUGCAAGUUUCUUAAAUCCUUGCCCCAGCUAUGCACCCAGCAAGAAUACAUGGGUACAACACAAUCGAUCAGCAGAAGGUCGUGUGUGGGUGGGGUAAAGUGUGGGUACUCUCACUUCUUCCAAGCUGUCUGAGAGUGGGCCGAAACACUCUCCUAUCUAGAGCUCCCUCGAGUGGAGGCCCUUCCGUUAGCAGCGGCAUGAGCACGUAGUUGCAGGGCUGCGCCUUUACCGUUGUCGUAAAGCACCUUCAAGUGGGCGCAGACUGCUGUGACAGCACCGUGUGACGUCGUGGAACUGACUCGUGCUGUACAUUGUAAGACGAGACCUACUUCAUGGAUGGUACAAUGCUUGCACUAAAAUGUAUCACUUUUAAUGAGUUGCAAGGCAAGUCUCGUGUUUAUAUGUGUAAAGAAAAGUAUAUGGUAAAAUGUAAAAAUCUAUCAAGAGUUCUGUCAGCUUAAAUUUGCCACAAGUAAGCCUCUUCUAGAUGGCUGUUGUUCAACGAAUUACCUGUUUAUAGAUGCAGCUCACUCAUCAAAACAUUAAUUAAAAUGUAUUUCUAGUAAAUAGGAAAAAAAUCCUUUGGCCUUUUUUUCUAAAUGUAAGAUAAAAUAUAUAACGUUUAAAACAAACGAUAAAAAACAAAUAAGGCCAUUAGCAUAUUCUCCAGAGAAGAAACACGGUUUCCAUUUAAACUCUUUGAAGAGAAUCACAGAGCAUGCCACUUUGUGUCCUCACUUUAAAAAACAAAGUCCAAUAAUGUGUGAAUGCUACAAUGAGGCAUUUGAACACUACAUCUGUAUUCUUCAACACGUGCCCACCAAUUCCUCUACAUAUAACGUCUGCCUUAGUGAAAACAUUUUACUCAACAUUGAUAAGUGGAUUUGUUUUAUAUAUAUAUAAUGCAGCAGCUGCCUUGGGGUUAAUAUUUUAAAGGAAUGCCUGAAAGCUUCGUCAGUUUUUUUCCAGGCUUAUUUUAUAGAAAACAUUGCAAGCAUGGAAUAAAGACGAAUCAACAACAAUGCCAUUGGUAUAAAAUAAUCCAAUACUUAAUUUGAUCUGUAAAUCACGUGUACAUACAGUAAGUGGUGUGUGUUUAUCCAGUUAAAAGCUUUAAACUUCCAUAGUUGCUUUGGGAUUCAUAUAAGUAGCAAUUUUGGAAAUUUGAGAGCCAUACAUUUUAUGGUAAUUUAACAUUUUGUUGGUGUAUGUAUAUUAUUUUUGUACUUUACUAAGGACAACAUUUAAACAAACAUUAAUACUAUUAAUUCCAUGGGAAAAUGGUUUUAUGUUUUUUUUUAUUUCUUCCCUUAAAUGUCUCAUCUCUUUCUGACAUUUGCACAAGCCUUCAAUAAUAACAAAUCAUUUGUUUAUGCAAAUUCCCAGCAUAUUUGAAAUGCCUAAAACUGCAGGUUGUACAAAAUACAUACGGUGUCAAAAGUUCUACUGUACAUUUAUGAAACUUACUUAUAUCUGAUGUAUCAAUGAUGGCAUUCCGGCUAAUCAAAUAAAACGUUGUACAAAU